ACCUUAGUCGCACGGACGGACGGUUGGCCACGCAACUCGCGCCCAGACAUUCCACGAAAUAACUUGUGCUUAACCUAUUCCGGCCGUUUGCUGCGCGACAGAGCUGGUUCGUUAGGUUCGUCGACGUUACGUGGACUUCGUGGUCGCGGUCGUCGGUAAUACGAUCGCGUCGUGUGUGAUCUCUGGAAAACGGCAAGAAAGAUCGACAUCGGUUGAGGAGAUCGCGUCGUAUGUGCGCGCGCGCGCCUCCCUCCAAGUGGCUGUGUGUAUAUAUACCUGUGGUACGUAGCGUGGUUGCAGGAGCGUGUGCAGCGGGUUGUGCUUCUUUCUCUCCUCUUCUAUCUUCUCGUACAGUAUGCGUUCCUUGUGCCCGUGUUCGUGAUUGGUCGCUGCGUGGCAUUUUUAAAAAGUCGUCCGCCUGCUUCUGUCCGUUAUAACGUAACCAACAAAACGAGAGAGAGAGAGAGAGAGAGAGAGAGAGAUAGACGGAUCCGGCAGGGGGCGAUGUCGCGAAAUCACGAUUGAAUCGGUAUACACGACCCUUCGAUUCACGUCGAAGUAACGUCGAUUCGAUACGAGAGGAUCACUCUGGUGAAACGUUCCGGUUCCGUUGUUUCUCCCUAGCAGCAGUGAGUCGAACGCGGGAUACGUAACCAGUGGGCACGCAUGAGACCAGUGAAGAGGAGAAACUACGGGGGGCUACGAUACCGGCUCUUUCGCGGACAGAAGAAUUUCUCGCGGCACGCACGUCGUUACAACAACGGAAAAUUCGAACACGUCGAAGGAAAGCCAUCUUGAUCCGACUACGCUGCAACAACGACAAGCGCAUCGCUGACAGGUAGAACUUGGCGCGAAAAGGAGAAACGAAGGAACAGAAUCGUGUAAGAGAGACAGGGAAAGAAAGAGGAAAGAGCGACGUGCGCGUGUAGUUCCUUUUUGGAGCAGAACCCUCUCUCUCUCUCUCUCUCUCUCGAUCAAGUGACAUAUGCGUUUGGCGCGUAGAUUUCUUGUCAAAGAUAAGUCAGCAACGAGUACAGGAAGCAGUUGAUAUUCGGGGAUAGUUUCUGGAUCGGUGAUGCUGGAAGAACGAGGAAUAUAGCUGCCGCGGUGAUUUUCUGAUCUCUCUUCGGAGGUGCGCCUACUACGGGUUCUUGUUCGUGCUCGUGGAGUGUGGUCGUGGUACGGUGUGUCGUAGUGUGCCGGUGCAGGGUGAGGUUUGGUUCGUGGAGAAGAGAAAGAAAGCCUCGUAGCCCGGCGCGAGGGGGGGGGGGGAGGGGGGGCAGUGGGCAAGCAGUAAACUGCGACACCGCGAUUAAGUGCAAACGAGACGAAAUAUCCAGACAAGAGGACUCCGAAGGAAGAACAGCACGCGAUCGCCGAGAACUGGAUUACACGGGCGACUCGAGAAUCGCCAAAAUUUUGCCGGUUUAUAAAAAAGGGGGACGCGCCGACAGAGAUGGCAUGAGGGACGGUUCCGGCAACGUUGCCGAGGUGUUACCAGUGGGCGGGGGUGGUGCUGUGCUGGUGCUCAGCGAGCUUGAAAGCAUGGCGGCCAGGCAACAGCGGGAAAUCGCCCAGCAGAGGCGCCUCCUGGAGCAGAGAGAGGCCCGUCUAGCCGUGCUUCGAGGCGCACAGGAGCCAGCACAGCAGGACAAACUCGCCAGAUUAAGGCACAGGCUAGACCAACAACAGAGCAAGCUGAAUCGGCUGCGAUUGCUUCGAUCGCAGACCGACCAGUCACGCGCCAACAACGCCACGCUGACCUCGGACCUGGACUGCAUACGAGCGCUGUUCAACGAGAAGGAGAAGGAACUCUCGUUGGCCGUGGCAAAGGUCGAGGAGCUGACGAGGCAGCUGGAGGAGCUACGAGGUCGACAGAACGCAGCGGGCACUGGGGCUGGAAAUGGAGGCGCUGGAGGCGUCGGCGGUGGCGGCGUCGGCGGUGCUGGCAGCGGUCACUUGUCGACGCCAGCCAGCGCCGAGCUCGAAAAGCUCAGGAGGGAGCUUAUGUACCGUAACAAGAUGAACGAGCAGCAGAACCAAGUGGUGUCCCAGCAACGGUUGGCCCUGGCUCAGCGACAGGCGGAAAUGGCGUCGAUCGACGCGAGGAUAGCUCAGCUUCAGGGUCGUCUUCAGCGCAAGAGAGCCUUGAAUCAACGGCUGAGUCAACAGCUAGGCUCUGGGAACCGCACCAACGCCAACACGGGAUUCACGGAGUCCAAACUGGACUUCAACGCUGGAGGAAAGUCUAGACCUGCUGGGAACAUAGCUGCGAUCGAGCCCUACUCCCACAUACCGAACGACAACGACUUCAAUCUGAAUAAGAACGAUCCGAAGUAUCAGACGCUGCCGUACAACACCAAAUUCACGGUGAACUUCAAGGCUGCCGAAGACGACGUCAACAAAAACAAGAUCCAGCACUCGGCCAGCGCUUCCCAGCUGGGUCAGAGGGCGGCCUUCCAGCAAUUUGGGCAUCAGAUCGCUCAUAGCCAAUCCCAAUCGCAUAUCCAAGGUCAAUCGCAGCUACUGGGUACCAACCAGCAGCAGCACAACCAAAACAUCGCUAGCAUGCAGAUAAAUACUCAGCAGACGUGCAAUAAUAACAACAAUAAUAACAAUAGCACGAACAAUAACCUGAUCAGUCCUGUUCACAGCUUCAGCCCGGAAGGACUGUCGCAGAAUCUCCGAAUUCACCAUCAACAGCAACCUCAAACGCAGCAGCAGCAGCAGCAGCAGCAGCAACAGCAUGGAACGGGCCAGCAAAAGCAGCACAACAUUGGCUCCUCGGCGUCUAGCCUAGGAACGACGAUCUCCAUCACGCAAACCCAAAACCAUCGAAACCUCCAAACUCAUCAGAAGCCGGUGUCCAGCGUAGCGCCAAGUUUCUCCGUGAAAUCUCAAAUCUAUCAAACAUCCUCCACGAAGAUCCAUCCGGUGAUGCCUCAGACCUUGAGCUUGAUAGGUCGCGGACACGCAAACGCGCAGAAUUUCGUCGGUCUGAACACCCAGAACCAACAGCAAACGAAUCAAUCGGUGCCUAGCAAUCAGACCAAUCAGGAACAAACGUACACGUCGAGGCACAACUAUCCAGGCAUCCAGCAGCAUUCCAUCCAGGCCAACAGCCACGUGUCCUCGUCCUAUCAGUCUCAGCACUCCCCUAACCUGCCAACGACCAUUCACACUUCUUCGUCCAGCGGGCCUAACUUCGGCGGCUCUGUUCAGAGGUACAACCAAAUCCAACCGUUGACGAGCUCGUCGUCCAACAACGAGCAGAACGAAAAGAUGAAGUUUGACUCGGUGAAAGGCCAAGAGAAGUUUGAGCACGCGUUGUCAGCCAAGCACGAGCAACAGAGGUACGAGCCCAAUCCUGUGCUCAAGUACGAUCCCCACCAGAUCAAGUACGAGCAUCCCAAGUACGAGCACAACAAGUACGAGCAGAGCAGCCAAUCCACCAAGCUUUACGAACCGUCGAGCAAACACGAUCAACCUCCCGGCAAUCAGACCAAGUACGACAACGCGCCUAAGCUCGAACAAGGGAAGUACGAGACUGGUGGCCAGACCAAGCACGAGCAGCAGCAUCACGGGCCUAAGUAUGACCCCAACCAAAACACUCAGCAGUAUGGCAAACACGAUCAGCACGAGGUGAGGCCGUCGGUCAAGUACGAGUUGAACACGGCAUUCAAGCACGAACCUCCCAACAAGUACGAACCUGGCGGGCAACAGUUCAAGCAGGAGCCAGUCAAGUUCGAGAAUAAUAAGUACGAGCAGAGCUCGACGACCAAGCACGACCACAAUGGCAAGUUCGAGAUCCCAACGAAGACGCCUGAUAAACCAUUCGAGUUCGAGAGGCUGAAGAACGAGAACGAGAGAAAGAGUCUAGGCGAGGAUAAGACAAAGCCGGCGUUGCCACCGAAACCUAGCAAGCCCAAUCCUCCGCCGAGACUCACGCAUCACGAGAAGGUGGACACCAUCGCGGAUGGGGGUGGCGAUUGCAAGAAUAAUAUAGCGCUGAGCCCAAGGACAGAGAAGGAAGAGGACUUGCCACCGAUUCCCACGUCAGAGCCACCGGAGUCUCCCACGGAAACGCAAUUCGGCAACCAUCAAAUCAUCAAGGCUCGGCCUCUGACCCUGAAGAAGGCGCCCAUUUCCGAGCAGCCGAAGCUUCGUUACGCUAAAUCCAAUGUUCACGUGUCGAUAAACAGACGAAUUGAAAUGCCACCGGCGUUCCUGUUCCCGGAGACCGAGAUUCCAGCUGACUUGAUGCAAACGGAGCAACAACAACAGCAGCAACAGCAACAGCAGCAGCAGAUCAUCGAUACGACGGACAAUUGCAAGAAGAGCAACCCGAUCGAGGACGUGAUCAGCAAUGAGAAGCUGGAAGAGUCGGACAUCAUCGACGCUCUGAACGUGAUCAACAUCGAGGACAAGGCGAAGGCGCAGAAGGACUGCGACAGAAGAACGGAACUGGACCUGGACGGAAAGAGCAACGAUGUGAUGAGGAGGAAGAAGGGGAACCUGAAAUCCAGCACCGGAAAGGCGAAUCUCUCGAGGAGGGUAUCCUUUGAUCCUCUGGCUCUCCUCCUAGACGCUAGUCUCGAGGGUGAACUCGAGCUGGUAAAGAAGACUGCCAAAGAAGUGGCCAAUCCUAGCUCAGCCAAUGACGAAGGCAUCACCGCCCUGCACAACGCCAUUUGCGCCGGUCACCUGGAGAUCGUCAAGUUCCUUGUCGAGUUUGGCUGCGACGUCAACGCGCAGGACAGUGACGGAUGGACUCCGUUACAUUGCGCCGCUAGCUGCAACAACCUGUCGAUGGUUAGGUUUCUAGUGGAGCAUGGAGCCUGUAUUUUCGCCACCACCCUUUCUGACCACGAAACCGCGGCGGAGAAGUGCGAGGAAGAUGAAGAGGGCUUUGAUGGCUGCUCGGAAUACUUGUAUAGUGUUCAGGAGAAGCUCGGUAUAAUGAACAACGGUCAGGUCUACGCCGUGUUUGACUACGAGGCGCAACACAGCGACGAGCUGACGUUGAAGAACGGUGACUCCCUGGUUGUGCUUCGUAAGGGCGACGACAACGAGAGGGAGUGGUGGUGGAGCAAACUGGGACACAAGGAAGGCUACGUGCCACGGAAUUUACUUGGCUUGUAUCCAAGGGUGCAGCCAUCGAAGGUGGACUGAAGGGACGCGUCUCGCCCCACAAAUCUGUACUAAUCCGAUGAUUCAUCAUUACCACAGUAUUCGAUUCGCAGCUUUAUCUCGUUAAGUAUCAUAGUUGCAUCGUCGUCACAUUACCAAUGUUAUCUUAUUUAAUCGCGUCCCAUUGUCAUCCGUAAGAAGCGAGUGAAGGAGUUCUUAUAUAGUUUACUUGUCUCUUUUUUUUUUUUUAUAUAUUUUCUAAGACGAAAGCCGGUAAUUGCUAAUAGACCCGGAUCGAAAGGUCGCUUCCGUAAGUUAAUGUCGUUGAAGAGAGGAGCGAGGGUGUCGACUCGUUGUUUCUCGAUCGAUAGAAAAUCAUCUUCAACGACGAGAAAACGCGCUCGCCGAACGUGUAGGAAAAUCGAAUAACGAUACGAUUAAACACAGUGUAACGAACAAUUAGGAUGUGAUUAGUUAGCUCCAGGAACAGUAGCAUCGACCGAAGAAACGGCAUCACAAAAUUGACCCUUUCACUGUGGCGCCCUUCGAGUUACCCCACCAUAAAUAUCUAAAAUACGCAAAACCGUUGCACUAAGCGUAUACAUACGUCGAUGGAAAGGUUAAGCAUCACGCACACAAUUUCGUUACAUUCGGUUUGGUUUAUUUAUUCGCACAAAAGAAAAAUGCAAAAAUAACAAAAUAUGUUUAAAAUUUGUAAUAUUUUUUUUUGAGAUACUCUAAUGAAUACCUACCGUUUAACUUUUACCAGUCCAAUUUACAGUGUGCUUAUUCACUGUUCAACGUCUCAUAAGAAUUGUUCGCAUUCGUAGCCUGCACGUUAGUCAGUUCCUUCAACGAAACAGUACAAAAGAAAAAUUUCAAUUUCGCUCCCCGUAAUUACGCUCUUAGGUCGACGACUUGCGUACGUUCAGAGUCGAAACGUUUACAUUUAAUAUACGUCUCUCGAAGCAGAAUUCGCGUCGUGGUGGAGAUGACUUUUAAAAGCUUCUCUUUGCAUUCUGUUCUUCGCGAACUCGGUGGAAAAAUAGUCUGCCGAAUGUCGAUGUACUGGCUCUACCAUUAAUCCUAUGCGGUCCUAUGUUGUAUGAGGCUCGACAAAAAUUUCUUUCAAUCAACACCUCCAAGGAACAAAUUUUUAUUUACACGCGACCAUGCGAACGUCUCGUUGCAAACACCACGAUAUAUAUGUAUAAGGGUACUUAAUGUUUGAUUUGUUUCACCUAAAUGGUACUAUUUAGGUGAAGUCAGAUUAUUGUUACGUUUUUAUUCGUCAGCAGCGAAAUUUUCCAAAUCCGAUAGACACGGCUUCGGAUUUCGAAAAUGUUCCUAAGGAAGUAUAAUGUAAUCUUGCCAAUACGCACUUCGAAUGAUCUGUAACGAAAAUAAGCGUGCGAAUGGAGAAGUCCCAGGAGCCUUGAUGACAUUUCUUUUUUUCGUUUUUAUAUGUAUCGCCAGCACCUGGUAUCUCCGAUAAUCGACUUAACACUUGCCUAGACUUGUAUAAUUGAUAAUUAUCACCUAGGUCAGAUUCGAAUGUCCAGACGUCAGAAAGGUUCUGAGCCCAUUUUGUUGUACUGUUUAGAGAUAUGUACAGUAGUACGUGAAAGAAUUACAAACGCUCUCAGAAAAUUUCUGACGUGUUUAACUCGUAAAUGAAGUAUGUGCCUUUCAGAAGUAAUAAGGGAUAUAUUAUGUAAGAAUGCAUGAUAUAUUAUGACGAAUAAAUUGUUUUCAAUAGAAAA